GAAACAAUGGGAGCCGGAGGCCGUGUGUCUGCACCUAGAGAAAUAUCUGGAGAGCAACAGAAGCCUCUCUCAAGGUCUCCAUACUCAAAACCACCCUUCACAGUUGGGGAACUCAAGAAAGCCAUUCCUCCACAUUGCUUUGAGCGUUCCCUCUUCUGCUCAUUCUCCUAUGUUGCUCGUGACUUUUUCUUGGCCUUUAGUCUCUAUACUGCCACUACUUACUUCCAUCUCCUUCCCCACCCCAUUCCCUACUUUCUCUGGCCCAUCUAUUGGGCUCUCCAAGGUUGCAUUCUCACCGGUGUGUGGGUGAUUGCCCAUGAGUGUGGCCACCAUGCCUUCAGUGACUUCCAAUGGCUUGAUGAUUUGGUAGGUCUAACCCUCCAUUCUGCACUUCUAGUCCCAUACUUCUCAUGGAAGAUCAGCCAUCGCCGCCAUCACUCCAACACAGCAUCCCUCGAACGUGAUGAAGUGUUUGUCCCGAAACCCAAGUCCAAAAUGGCAUGGUGCAGCAAAUACCUAAACAACCCACUGGGAAGGGCUCUCACUCUCCUCAUUACACUCACCCUUGGGUGGCCUUUGUACUUGGCCUUCAAUGUUUCUGGCAGACACUAUGAUCGUUUCGCAAGCCACUACAAUCCUGCCCCCAUCUAUUCUAACCGUGAGAGGCUGCUAAUAUACCUGUCUGAUGCUUGUGUGUUUGGCGCAACCUACGUGCUCUAUCACAUAGCAAGUGUGAAAGGAGUGGGUUGGCUUUUCUGUGUUUAUGGGGUGCCAUUGCUGAUUGUGAACAGCUUCCUGGUGACAAUCACUUAUUUGCAGCACACUCACUGUGCAUUGCCACACUAUGAUUCAUCUGAAUGGGACUGGCUGAGAGGAGCAUUGGCGACGGUGGAUAGAGACUAUGGCAUACUGAACAAGGUGUUUCAUCACAUAACAGACACUCAUGUGACCCAUCAUCUCUUCUCCACAAUGCCUCACUACCAUGCAAUGGAAGCAACUAAAGCGGUGAAGCCUCUUCUUGGAGAGUACUACCAGUUUGACGGGACUCCGUUUUACAAGGCCUUGUGGAGGGAAGCAGGAGAGUGCAUCUAUGUGGAGCCAGACGAACAUCAGAAGGGUGUUUAUUGGUACCGGAGCAAUUUUUGAUGGGAAGGUAUCCGUAGACUAUGAUUUUGUCUGUAUGAGUUUAUCCAAGAAUAAACAGCAAUGAGAUCCUUUCUCAGCCUUGUUGGAUGUUACGAUGAAGUAAAUGCAUGGUAUGGCUAAGAAUCAAGUGCUUUCUCUUUCUUUUUCCUUGCCCCCCUUUCAUCUCCUUUGGGCAAUGUUAAUAAAGCAAGAGGACAAUAAGAAAUACCAGUGGCUUUGGUGCGUGAUGAACUGCCAUCUAUCCUAAUAAUCAUCUAUGGGAAGUUAAAGAUU